AUGCGUACAUGCGUUGCCCUUCUCGCGCUCGUGCCCGUCCUCACGCGCUCUGCUAGCGCCCAGUUCGUCCUCGCUGACCAGUUCGUCGGGUACAACUUCUUCGAAGGCUGGACCUGGGAGACCAUCAACGACCCCACCAACGGCCGCGUCAACUACACCGACCAGGCGUUCGCGCGCGCGCAGAAUCUCUCGUAUGCGACGCCGACGACGUUCGUGAUGCGCGCCGACGACACGAACGUCGUGCCCGCCAGCGCGCGCGGCAGGAACAGCGUGCGGAUCCUGUCCAACAAGGCGUACGGCGACUCGGUCGCGAUCCUCGACCUGUCGCAUAUGCCCCAGGGUUGCGCGACCUGGCCCGCAUUCUGGUCGCUCAGUGCGACCGGGCCAUGGCCGGCAGGCGGAGAAAUCGACAUCAUCGAGGGCGUCAACGAAAACGUGCAGAACCUGGUGUCGCUGCACACCUCCCCCAACUGCACCAUGCCGCCGCAGCGCGUCGAGAGUGGCACGGUGACGUCGACCAACUGCGACGCGAACGUCAAUUACAACCAGGGCUGCGGCGUGCAGGGCGCGACGGGCUCGUACGGGGUACCGUUUAACGCGGCCGGGGGCGGGUGGUACGUCAUGGCGCGCACGGCGGAGGACGGGAUCCGCGUGUGGUUCUGGGCGCGCGGCGACCCGACCGUGCCGCCGGAGGUGCUCUACGCGCCGGCGCUGGGCAUCCUCGGCACGACGAUCUCGCCGAACCCGACGUGGGGCGCGCCCGUGGCGAGCUUCCCGAUGGGCCCGCUGUGCGACUAUGCAACGCACUUCAACGCACACCAGUUCGUGUUCGACCUGACGUUCUGCGGGGACUGGGCCGGAAACGACUACACGACGACGGGAUGUAGCGGGAGCUGUACAGACCUCGUCAACAACGAUCCCGAGGCGUUCUCCGAGUCGUACUGGGCUGUCAACUCGCUCCGCAUCUACACGCGCGUGGAGAGCACGCCGUACCCGCCGUACCCGUGA